AUGGACUUUGUCAACAAGAUGACGGGCGGCAACACGGGCGGCAACAGCGCCAACGAGCAAGUUGCCCAGGGCCAGGGUCAGGGCCAGAACCAGCAAUCUUCUUCCUCCUCCUCAGGCGGUGGCUUCCUCAGUGGCAUCGGCGACAAGCUCAACUCUGCUGCAGGCGGCGGCCGCGAGAGCGAGAAGAAUGAGGAUUAUCUUGACAAGGGCGUCGACUACGUACAAGAAAAGUUCUUGGGCAAGGGUCCUCAGGAUAACGAGUCCGCCGUCGAGCAAGCGAAAGACGAACAAAUCAGUGAUAUGCUCCGGGGACAAUACAAGUCCGCCACGGGCUCAGAGAUCCCCAUCAAGGACAAGGAGACUCGUCUGGGAUAG